AUGGAGCGGGUGCGGAUGAUCAACGUGCAGCGCCUGCUGGAGGCGGCUGAGUUUUUGGAGCGCCGGGACCGAGAGUGUGAACAUGGCUAUGCCUCCACCUUCCCUUCCAUGCCGAGCCCCCGACUGCAGCAUUCAAAAUCCCCAAGAAGACUGAGCCGGGCGCAGAAACACAGCAGCGGAAGCAGCAACACCAGCACUGCCAACAGGUCUACACAUAAUGAGCUGGAAAAGAAUCGACGAGCUCACCUGCGCCUGUGUUUAGAACGCUUAAAAGUUCUGAUUCCACUAGGACCAGACUGCACGAGGCACACAACACUUGGUUUGCUCAACAAAGCCAAAGCACACAUCAAGAAACUUGAAGAAGCUGAAAGGAAGAGCCAACACCAGCUAGAAAACUUGGAAAGAGAACAAAGAUUUUUAAAGCGGCGACUAGAACAGCUGCAGGGUCCUCAGGAGAUGGAGCGAAUACGAAUGGACAGCAUCGGAUCAACUAUUUCUUCAGAUCGUUCUGAUUCAGAGCGAGAGGAGAUUGAAGUGGAUGUUGAAAGCACAGAGUUCUCCCAUGGAGAAGUGGACAAUAUCAGUACCACCAGCAUCAGUGACAUUGAUGACCACAGCAGCCUGCAGAGUAUUGGGAGUGACGAGGGUUACUCCAGUGCCAGUGUCAAACUUUCAUUCACUUCCUAGAACCCAGCAUGACAUAACAGUGCAGGGCAAAAUGUUCACUGGGCCAAUUCAAUCCAAACAAUCUCUUAAAUUGGGUUCAUGAUGCAGUCUCCUCUUUAAAACUAAACACAACAAACCUAUACUUGAACAAAAGGGUCAAAGACCUCUAUUUAAAAGCAAAUACUUGGGAAAAAGUGUGGCAGAGCCUCUCUAAUAGAACAAAUAUUCAUAUUUGAAAAUAAUAAUUUCUGAUGGUAGCAGAGAACUUGUGUGAAAUCUUGAUUUUAGUUGAUCUGAAAGAUGACAUUGGAGAUCUCAUCCUCUUUUUCUAGUUUGCUCAUACUACACUGAGUAGACACAUUUAAGGGUGGGAUUAUGAACCCUUCCUGAGUUUUAUGGUCCUAAAAACAAAACAAAAUCAAACCUUAUAGUAAUGAUAAUCAGGCAUUAAUCUUAGAUAACUAAAGAGCUAUUAAAAUUCAGCCUGGACAGCUUAUCAUGAAGCCUGUGGAUGAUCAGUUCCUUAAAAAAAUCAUUUCAUGCUCUGCAAAGGAGAGACUCCAUGAAGCCUUUUGAAAGGGCUCAUCAUGCGGCUCAGCUUUCUUUUGGACUCCUGCUAAGCAAGCUGACCUCACCUGCAUUGUUAGCAUUAGGGCACCUGACUGCUAGCUUAACGGUCAGCUGCCUUUAGGCCCAUGGGCAGUUUGGGGGCGUCCAUGCUUAACAAACAGCCUCUGUCACACAGGGCCUGAGUAUGGAUUGAGGGGCCAGAAAGAAAAAGCCCCACAUGCCUCUGUCUGAGUGGGCAGAAGUUAUGCACACAGAUUGGCAGGCCAAGGUCUGAGCCAUGGCAGCAUUUUUAUUUCAGAUUUUGAUAACUGUUUGUAUGUGUUGAAAACCAAAAUGACAUCUUUUUAAAAUAAGCUUGUCCAUAAAAAAACAUAGAUGUCUUUUAUAGUGGAAAAACACAUGGGGAAAAAAAUCAUCUAUUUUGAUGCAGCAUUUGAUAAUGAUAAAACACCUCACACCUCACUCUUUAUAGUGCACAAAAUGAAUGAGGUCUGGGCUAGGUAGAAAAGGUCAAUGCUGUUUUUGUUUUCUUUUAGAAUCAUUACCUUUUACCAGCUUUUAACCAUCUGAUAUUUAUAGUAGACACUAUUAUAGUUAACAUAGUUAAUUAAGUUCAGCACUUGUCUCAUUUUAAUGUAAAGAUUUGCUUCCGUUUUCCUACAGUCUCUCCUUCCUCACAGUCCCGCUGUGCAGGUGCUAUUGUUGCUCUUACCAAUAUUUUCAGAAAUGUUAUUUUAAGUGGAAUUUCUAGCCUGCACUUUGAUGUCAUGUGUUCCCUGUCUUUCAUACUCCAUGGUUCCCCCAGGCUGUCUCCCUUACCCCAGGAAGCCUUCUUGGAGACCUUACCCCUGGCUGUUUGGACUUUGUAUACUUUAAAUAAUUUAACUACCCUUAAUUACUUAAAAAAAAAAAAAAAGCUUUAUGAUUUUCAUAACUUAUUGCUGAUUUUAAUGGGUUGUUAAUUUCAGUCCUGUAGUUUUAUUUUGUUUAGAUAGGGCUGGGCAAGGAAAAAGAAAAUAAAGACAACCAUAUUUAGCAGUGCAGUUGUGUGUGUAAUGUUAGACUAUCCUUGUAAGUAGCACUUUAACAGCUCCCACUGCUUCUGUAUAUGAAGUCUACCAUCUUGGUCAUACACAGGCCUCCGCAUAUACUUCCUUGUUCUUGUGCUCUUUCUGUGCCUCCAAAAAUAUUUUAUACUUGAUUGUGCUAUGUUUGAGUGGAAGAACUUCUUUGAAGUAGAUGUGUGUGGAAAAUGCAUGCUUUUAGAAGCCCAUUAUUAGAACUUGCUACUUCAGGUGCUGGGGACUUAAAUGAAAAACAUAAAACACCUUUUUUUCUGUGGCCCAGAUAAAUUAUUUGUGUUUCCAUUUAUUACUCUUGGCCUGGUCAAAAUGUUGCUCUAUACAUUUGCUUACUUUACCCUGGAAAGUAAACAGAAGCCAGUGCCUGCCUAUGCUUCCAUUUUGUUGUGUUCCAUGGCAUUCAUUUGCAUCACUUACCUAGGGCUGGACUUUGGGUCUUCAUUCGGGUGAAUGUGAGGUGCUGCCAUUUUGCGUAAAUAUAUACAUGAUGGUGGGCUGGGAAGUCUUUGUCACAAACCUAUCAUAAUAUUUCAACUGCCCCCUAAAUUACUCCUUCCCUGGGUUUGUUUUCCUUGGGGGAAGGGGAUGGAAUGUAUGAUGAGUAAGAAGUAUUAAUUUUUAAAAAAGACAAAUCGACUUUGAAGACAUAAUUGCAAGAAAUAAAAAUUGUGAAUGAAGAAUGCCCGAG